AGUGCCGAGCAGCCGGCAAACACACACACUCCUCGCGAGCUCCUCGAUCUCUGUCUGCCCUCGUGUCGCGUCCGCCGCCGGACAGUGUCGUGUGCUUUGGACAGUUUUGGGAGCACUUUCUUACGCCGGCCGGUCACCAGAAAUCCGUCAAAAUUCGGGUCAAAAACAGAGAACCCCAGUCCGUGGCGGUCUACCAAACCAUGGACAACCCGCCUCAUCCGGACAGCGACAUGGAAGGGAGCCCAGCUUCCAAUAAUGAGUUGAGCGACGCCGAACUGAUGCCCGAGGAGGAGGAGGAGAUCAGCGGCGAAGAGGGUGUUCACCCCAGGGGCAUGAACGGCAUGCAGGGCCGCCCUUCGCCUCCGCCAGUCGAGCUGCUGGCCAAACUCAAACAACAGGAGAUGGAGGCGACGCGCGAGCAGCUGGAAAAGGCGCACAAGGAGAUGCGCGAAAUGCAGCGUCAACACCUGGAGCAAAUCGCCGCGGCCGCGGCGGCGGCCGCCGCCCAACAGGGUGGGUCGCCGCCCCCGGGCCUCUCGCAGGGGCCGCGCGACCCCAUGCUCUCGUUGGCCGCUUCCAUGGUGCCGCCCCCGGUGCCCAUGUUCUCGCACCCUGGCGGGGCCCCACCGCCCCUCAGUCAGCACCACGCUCUCGCGGCGGCCGCGGCCGCCUUUCCGACCUCGGCCCUGCAGAACUCAAUUUCGUCGGCCUCUUCGCACUCAUCCGAGUCGUCGUCCUCCUCCCAGCAGACCUGGAGCUUCGAGGAGCAGUUCAAACAGGUGCGUCAGCUGUAUGAAUUGAGUGACGACCCAAAGCGCAAAGACUUCCUCGACGACCUCUUCAGCUUCAUGCAGAAACGAGGAACGCCAAUCAACAGAUUGCCCAUCAUGGCCAAGCAGGUGCUGGACCUGUACGAACUGUACAACCUUGUCAUCGCCAGAGGUGGUCUCGUCGACGUCAUCAACAAGAAACUGUGGCAGGAGAUCAUUAAAGGGUUGCACCUUCCCUCGUCCAUCACGUCAGCUGCUUUCACCCUGCGCACUCAGUAUAUGAAAUAUUUGUACCCAUACGAGUGUGAGAAGCGUUCCCUGAGUUCGCCGACGGAGUUGCAGGCGGCAAUCGACGGCAACCGGCGCGAGGGCCGCCGCAGCAGUUACGGCACCUACGCAGAAAUGGUGCAGCGCAGCCCCGGUUUGGGCGCCGUCGCCACCAGCCUCGCCCAGCAAAUGUCACCCCUGAGCCUGGUGACGGCCGCGGGGGGCCGCCCCACAAUGAACGGUGGUGGCGUCCACCACACGCCGCCGCACCCCCUCAGCCUAGGUCAGUACCAGGAUCUGGCAAUGAUGGGUUCCACUGCACCUCGUGGGCCGGCCAAUGGUUUGGGUCCAGCCGAAUUCGAAGCUCGGAUGGCCGAGUAUGUGAAACUUUUGGACAAAGAACUCAGACGCACUGCUUCCACCCCUCCUGCUGGCAGACAAGCGUUCCCUUUUUUAGCCGGACCAAACUCACCCCCACCCUCCACGUCGCCGCGUGAGGCCCUGAACGCCCUCGAAAUGUCUCGGCUGACUUUGUGGAACCUGUACCACAACUCCUUCCCAGAAGACCCUCGCACCCCCGUGCCGCCUCCACCCCCUCAGCGUGAGGCCCUCAACCUGGAGGUGUCGAGGCAACAGCAGGCUGCGGCAGCUGCCGCGGCCGCCGCUGCGGCCGCCGCCGAACAGGCGCGCACCAUUGAGGCGGCCGUCAAGAAGGAGGCAGUCGAAAACGGGCCGAAUCCUCCCAAGAGGCCGCACAUUGCUAUCGAAGAGGACCUACCCCAGCACACUAAACUUCCCUCACCUGUUGCCGCUGGCGUGCCAGGGGCGGCGAACAUCAAAAUCAACAGUCGAGGUGAUGCUCGCGGUGAGAAUUCCUCUCUGGUGGUGAGCAUGGAGAUCAAUGGAGUGAUGUACCAGGGCGUGCUCUUUGCCCAGGUGCCGGCCAGAAACGCGGGCCGCAUCUCAACGUAAAGUCAAGCAGUUAAGCAAUUAAUCGAUAAUUAACUGUUGAGUUAUCCACCAAUUCCCACCCUCAUCAAUUUCCAUCAAUUGUACUUUUUGUUCCGAGAGUGUGAUCCGUUCUUUUUUCGCAAGCAGACAGUUCAGAGACCAGUUGUUAGCAGAUGAAUGCGCGUGUGCAUGUUCACUUGGGGUAAGAAAUUUUUGAAAAUUAACAUAAUCACCGUUUCGUGUCUCAAAAUAGAUAAAUGUUAAAUUUUAAAAGCGGCUGCGUCGCGCGCAGUUGAGAAAAUGUGCCAACAGCAGCUUUAUUGUUUGUUUUUUUACACUUUGUUGCAUUUAAAUUAUGGUAUAAUUAUUAUCAUAUAUUACUUCAAUAAUAUUGCACGUAGGAAUAUUAUAUUAUUUAUGUUUGUGCUUUAGGGAUUUGAUUUAUAAAAUUCUUUCUCAUAGCUGCUGAGGAAUACAUUGAUAUUCGCAUAAAGACUUCAGCUGAAAUCUAAAAAGCAGAAACUUUUUCGAAUUUUUCCCAGUCAAUUUGAUUUCUUUAUUGGGACUAUACAAUCUGCCAAAGUAGAGUUUAUAAUUACUCAAAUAUAAAAUGGCAACGGACUUAAUAAAUUAGAUUUGAUGCACAUAUGAGCUGCAAAUGCAAUUUUUUUUAGUCUGCUUGUUGGUUCCGAAGAUAUUUUUCUUUCUGUUUUGUAGUUUGUAAAGGCCAAUAAUUAAAAUGAUUUACGAAGUUGAAAAUCAAAGUCAGUCUGCCAUUGUGUAGGUAUAUUAUGAGUUCGCUGUAAAAUUUGCUGGGGUGUGCAAUUGUAGCCAAGCAAAUAACAACUUAUGUAUAAUUGUAAGUUAAAAUAUCUAUCCACUUUCUGUAAAUAUUCAGUAUUGAGAAAUAGAUCGUCCUUCGAAAGCAGCUGAUAAAAAUAAUAAUAAAUUAUGAAUGUGUACUUAAUGAUAUAGAGGAACGAAUUUCAAACGCGAGAAAGACCUUUUACAGGAUAGGAGCUCAAAAUGAUUGAUUUUGACUUUUUCUAUAUAUAUAUGAAGAGUUAAAACAUUUAGUUAGGGAUUUUUAAAUAUAGCGCACAUGAGCAAAGCAAGUUCGAACUUUAAACUAAUAAUAUAUAAUUUCUUAAAACAAAAUAAAAUCCGAUUGAUUAUUUCUAUAUAUUUUUGUAAUUUCAACGCCAAAAUUUUGAUUUUUGGAAGCACGUUUUGCUUGACUAUAGCGGUGU